AUGAGCCUCUCUUCUGGUGCGGCAGCGGCUGAUGCUGUUACUUCUGCGGGUGCCAAGCUAUCUCCUGCCGCACAACAUCUUCGAAUAGAACAGGUUCGCAUUCUCUUUUGCACUUUUGGAGGCUCUUCUGGAGGUAUCCGGUCGUUUUUAUCUAGCGAGCUAUUCUCGUACGCGCGGCAGCAUCCAGAUGUAAAGUUUUCCGUGGAGCGGCGAGCACGACGGCAUCCGCUCGCCAUUGGACGCUACCGCAACGGGUACGAACGCACGUUGGAGCUUAGCAACCAAAGCCCACGCGAGAUUCGGGAACGUCUCGAUUACUUGAUCAAUAGCUUGGGUAACAAGCAGCGCCCACCAACACAGCUCUCAUACGGUGUGGUCUCCCAGUCGCCCUCUAUUCAGGGAAUGACCAGAGUUGCGCAGCUAACGCCGGACUGGUAUGUUCAAGUUGCCCGCAAGGCUCUUGACGGUGCUCGAAGCCGCGCGGGCAUCCCUUCCUUCGCUGAAAUCGUGGAUCAUGUCGGUAUGACUCGUGCCACACGCAUUUUUCAAAGGGUGCAGCUACUAGCACGAACGCAGAACGGACGGAUCGCAAAUGAUGCGAGCUCAGAUACAGCGUGA